AUGGUCGAAGACAUUAUAUGUUUGAUAUUAUUCUUUGUAUUUGGAUUAGUAGCACUGUUGAUUAACAUAGUGGUCCCGAAAUCGAAAUCAUAUUUCAUCACGCACCCAAACAAGAAAGGAGACACUAAAGCCGUUGAUAGAUGUAUAUAUUGUUGCAAAAUGUUUAUUUACGAAUUAUUAGCUAAUAAAGGCGGAAUAAGAUUAAUAGUGUUUUCAAUAUUACAUGACGUUUUAUCAAUAAGAGCAAUAUAUGAACUGCACCAAAAACUUAAAAACGGGGAAGUAGAAGAAGAAGAGUAG